AUUUACAUUCUUUUGUAUUGUAAAUUUCCAGUUUGAUUACAAAUUUUUAACAUAGUAUAUAAUUUUAAAAAUAUAUUGACUGAUCUCAAAGUAUUGACCGAACAAAAAAUGGUCGUGGGCGCGUAUCCAAUUGCUAAAUUGUCUGUUUUACUUAUAAAACAAAUAAGUAAACCUAUAGCAAAUAUAUGCAAAGAGAGAGCCAAAAAUAGUCCAUUCUUCAGGACGUACGUUUGUAUGCCUCCAGCUCAGUUUUACAAUUGGUGUGAGGUGAAGGCAAAAAUGUGGAUCUUAAACUUGGGAAAACCAGUAAAUAUUCCUGUCCUCAGUCAAGAAAUGGCUAUAGAACUUGGAGCUAAUCUUCUUGGUGAAACUGUUAUUUUCGUUAUUGGUGCUAGUUUACUUGUUAUUGAAUAUAACAGACAGAGUAAAAAAGAAGCUGUGAAAGAAGCUAAGAAAGCUGAAGAAAUGGAACAUAUUACUAGCACAAUUAGAGAUUUGUAUUUCACUGUUCAGCAGCAGCAAACACAACUAAGAGAAAUGGAAAGACUUUUCCAUUCUUUAAGUGGUAAAAAAUCGAAUACAAAUCCUACUAGUGAAUCUUCUAAGGAGACUCCUCAGGCACCUUCAACAGGGCCUAAGUUGGAGAACAUUAACAAUAAUUUAACCCCAUGUGAUAAUACUAUGUUGUCAAACACACCAUACCCUAAUAAGGGAUUAAUUCUGCAGUCUCUAAACUACAUUCAAAUGGAUGUGUUCAGCUCAUUAUUUCCUGAUGAUACCAGUGAAAAUAUUCAGGAAACACAAGAUAAAGCUCAGUUUCAUAAUAGGCGUGAAUCUGCCUUUCUAUCACAAACUUUAUACAACAUUGAAAACAAUUUUAAAAGCUUGUUUUAAAAUGUUGAUAGCAAAUAUUCUAGAAUUCAUGCAACUUUCAAUGCUUAAAGUAAUGCAUAUAAUGCAUUUUCAAUGUGUAUGUACCUUAUUAGCA